AUUUGCGCAUCGUUGUCUCGCUCUCUGUGUGCUAGUCUUUGACGGAUCGCGCAACCGAUUGGAUUGCUCCGAACACUAUUUCACGCGCGAGUGUUUCCGGUUCGUUUCGUUUCGAUAAAUACCUGUUUUGCUAUCACCGAAGAGGUUGGAGAGGGAAAAACAUUAAGUACACAAAUAUUGGAAUACCGUACAGCGAGCUGCAUCCAGUUCCGAGAAAACAAGGCGAAAUAGCAAUCUGCACAGGAGCAUAUAAAACUAGAUGAACAAUUAUAUCAGAGCAAGGAAAUGAGCGAGUUGAAUUACGCAACCGUGCAUCUCCAAAACAAACAAAAGCACUCUAACAAUGGCUAAGGCGAAAAACCAACUUCACAGCACAACGCCCUCUGUCCCCGAUGCAACAAUUCUAUCGUCUACAAAUAACUGCAACAGUAACAGCGAUAGUCCAGCACUAUCGGUUCCAGUCAGCACUGUAGAUAAGACCGAUAGUAGUAGCAGUCAUAAUAUAUCGAUAUCCUCAAUCAAUGAAAAUGAUGACAACGAUUCAAGUGACUUUGAGAGCAGCGAGAGCGAGUGUGAUGAUGUGCAAAUUGAUAAGGCACUCCAACGUAUACCAAACGCUCUUCAGCCAGGAGGACAGCUGACACAGAACGGGAGCAUCGUCGUGAAGGAAGAAAACGAUGCACCGGCAUCCGCACGAGGUCCUAACAUCGGCAGUAUAGCAGUACAAAACUCGUCAGACAUCACGUUUGGCAACAAAACCUAUAUAAAGGGGCAAGUUGUAAUAAAGAACAUUUAUCGUGAUAGACAAAACGGAGUUGUCAACGAAGGAUACCAACAAGCGGAUGAAGAUCUGAAUGUUUCAAAACAAGCAUCAGGCAAAGAAACUAGUCAAUCACAAUCGUGGCAAUCAAACAUUAAAGCCAUUAUCAGGGAUAAACCACUAUUGAGCGUGGUUAUACUAGUAUCUCUUAUGGUCAUCAUUACCACUAUCGUUAUCGUCAUUAUGGUGGCUACUUCAGCAGGUAAAACUAGAUUAAAACCACACUACGGCGAUGGAGAUGAUGAUCGUGCAUAUGUCCCACCGGACACUGGUAUAGACAGCGACUUUUUGCCGGAUCCUAAACCUCUCAGAAUUGUAACACGCAACGAAUGGUUAGCUUCACCCCCAAAAGAAGAAUUGACCCCGUUAACGUUACCAGUGAGUAAAGUCAUAAUCGCCCAUACUGCUACCGAGGGAUGCACUACACAAACUGCGUGCGUUUAUCGGGUUCGUAUAAUCCAAGAAUUCCACUUGGGUUCAUCCAACCUCGGUGACAUUGGUUACAAUUUCUUAAUCGGUGGCGAUGGCAAUGUUUACGAAGGCCGCGGUUGGUUCAAAGUAGGAGCAUUCCUUAGAGGUCAAAAUUCGAAAAGCGAGGGCAUUGCUUUCAUCGGGAACUACCUGCGACUGAAGCCCACUGAUGCACAAAUGGAAGCACUCGAUAGUUUGCUACUCAACGGCACCAAAAGUGGCUACAUAAAAACGGACUAUAAACUCUACGGUGCUCGACAAUGGCAACAAACGGAAAGCCCGGGUGAUCUACUCUACGAAAGAUUACAAAAGCAUCCACAUUGGAGCGAUGAUCUCUCCAUGUGUGUGUUCUUAACGGGUCAUAUUCAGCAGUUCCACAUGGCCGGUGAUUCGAAAAACUUCUCCGACAUUGCGUACAAUUUUUUGGUUGGUGGUGAAGGCAAUGCGUAUGAAGGACGCGGUUGGGAAUCACAAGGGGCGCACACGAAAGGUUUCAAUAAAGACAGCAUUUGCAUUGCAUUCAUUGGAACAUUUAGCUCGGUGGAACCGUCAAAAGCCCAACUAAGUGCAGCCCAACAACUUAUAGCGCUAGGAGUUGAGGAGAAUAAAUUAGCCAAAAAUUACCGCUUGUAUGGGCACAGACAGUUGGCUCCAUUUGAAAGUCCAGGCCGUGCGCUAUAUAAGAUUCUCCAGAAAUGGCCACACUGGGCAAAUGAACUAUCGAAUAAUCAUUGGUCUGAUCCAGAAGGCCAAAAUAGUACUAGACAGUGAAGCGACCUGCAGCAUGCCAUAUUAUUACAAAGUCGAAUUUAAUUUGUUUCAAACAAGCGGACAUAACCCUAUCUUGCACCAUUUGUGUAGGUUCAAUACAUAUGUCGAAUUACUCUAGAAUACGGUUUCGUAAUGAUGUAAAUAAUAAACAUUAAAGUACUUUUUUGAACUGAAAACAAUCAGUUAGAUAAUCUAUAAAA